GAAUCGCCGCCACCAGUCGAAAGUAUAAAUAUAGCCUCACCGUCUCGUCACUUCGGCAGUUGCUCUUAGAUUGUACCGCAAAAGCAUGGCUCACACUCACAUUUGCCUUUUGGCCGUCGCGGCACUCGUCGCCACCCUCGCCCAUGCUGAAGUUCCACCCUACAUCAAAACAUGUGGUAGGCGCAACCCAAGAAUUAGCGAGUGUGUGAAAGAAAGCGUCAGCUAUCUGAUACCAACAAUGCGCGCGGGUGUACCAGAACUGGACGUUCCAGCACUAGAACCUUUGUAUGUUGAAGAAAUUGCUUUGGCCGAUCUUGCUGACUUUAAGGCGAUUGCAUAUAAUGUUAAAUUGCGUGGCCUGUCCAACUACGUCAUUAAAUAUCUCAAAGUCGACUUGGACAAAGCUACAAUUGACCUGGAUAUCCUAUUCCCAAAAGUAUUCAUGACAUCGGAUUAUGAUGUCAAGGCAAAGAUUCUUGUGCCGAUCAAUGAAAAAGGACCCAUCGACAUAACGACAGAUAACGUUGAAUCAAAAGUCACGCUGAGGUUCAAAAAAGUGGAGCGCCGUGGUCGGACUCUCAUCUACUUCCCAACGAUGUCUUGCAAACUGGUGGUCAAAGACUACACAGCGAACUUUAUGCCCGGCGCAAACGACAAUCCAAUUGUAAAAGCAAUCAACUCAGUACUGGUGUCGAGUAGUAAAGAGAUCAUCGAGAGCAUGACACCGAACCUCGAAAAAGCUGUUUCGUCGAAGGUGCUCGACGUCGCCAACCGGAUCUGCAAACAUUUCACAUAUGAUGAACUCUUUCCCGAUCGCGUUUAAAUAUCGAUUACUUGCGUUACGAAAAAUACAUGACAUUGUAUAAAGAAAAAGAGAAUGAGCGUAGGAUCCAGAAGGGCAAACUAUUUUUGGUAUAAGUAAUAAGUUCAUAGGCUUUACUCAAUAUCGCAUGCUCGAACCUGUUGCACCGUUCGGGUCAAUACACUGUAUAACCUCGCCAAAACUUUCAUAGCUCGAAAGCAAGAAGAAAAAAUCAGUACGUGAGACGCCGUGACCUUCCACUCUUUUGCUUCAUAUGCAUUUCCGUUCGCGUGCUAAAGAGUCCUUGUGAAAAUACUCUUAGUCUGUGUCUUUUGCUUUCCGGGUAUAUAUAUAUAUACACACGUAUAUAUAGCAACCACGUGAUUGCAAUCACGAGCCGGCGCAUUUGUCAUUCUUAUUUUAAUAUUUCUCAGAUGCUAUUUGAAAAAUUCUAAACAAUUUGUGAAUGCAAGCUUUGGAAAAUAAUGUUUAAUAUUUAUACAACUCAAAAAUAUUUUCACAUUACUAGCUUAGGUAAACUUAAGUAUUAAAUUGUAAAAAGUAUUUAUUUUUGACGCAGCUACGGAUCCUACUAGGAUUUGCCUAAUGAACACAUAGGUAUGUAAAACUAUGAAUUUUCUAACAAACUUUUUAUACAAGAUAGUAAUGUAAACAAUUUUACAUUACGGGCAUAAUUAUUAAGAACAUAAAAUUGUAAUUCUCAUUCGUAACUCGGCCUAUGAAAUUAGAUGUAUACAUUAUUAUAUAAAAUUUAUUAUCACAAUUUACUUUAUAAAGUAUUAAACAGUGAUGUCGUUUUACAUCAAAAGUAUUUUUGAAAUAAUGUGAACCAUGUACAUAAGAAUACAUUAUAUAACAA